CAGCAGUCAAAGAGGGAGCUUCUGUGGCACGAGUCCUUAACCCCACGGGUAACACGGUCGAGUUAAAACAGGGACUACAUUUGGGUGAGUUGUAUGCAUUAACUCCAACUGAGGUUGGACCCUUUCUGUCUGUCCCCGAAGUAAAUGGUAUUCAGGCUCAACCAAACAUGUCAUUCACCCUGGAAGACUCCCCAAUUACUGAAGAGCAGAGAGCUAAACUUUCUGCCCUUCUAGGGAGAUUUUGCUCUCUUUUCUGUUCCUCCGGCAAAGAUCUGGGUCGCUGCACGUUGGUCAAACAUCAUAUUCGCACGGUUGACCAUCCUCCCAUUAAACAGCGUGCAUACAGGGCUGCGCCAAAUAAACAAGCUGAAAUUGAACGGCAAGUGUCAAACCUGCUAGCUGAUGGGUUGGUUGAAGAGAGCUGCAGCCCCUGGGCUUCCCCUGUGGUGCUGGUGAAGAAAAAGGGAGGCCAGUGGCGUUUUUGCAUUGAUUAUCGCCGUUUAAAUUCAGUCACGAUCAAAGACUCGCACCCGCUGCCAAGAGUGGAUGACAGCCUAGAUGCCCUGUCCGGUUCCAUGUGGUUUAGCACGCUGGAUUUUUCGAAUGGUUACUGGCAGGUAGAAGUAGCUGAGGAAGAUCGUGAGAAGACAGCUUUUAUGACAGGCAGGGGGCUCUAUCAGUGGCGGGCUAUGCCCAUGGGUCUAAGUAAUUCGCCUGCCACAUUUCAGCGGAUGAUGGAGCUCGCGCUCCGAGGCUUGCCAUGGCAUAUUUGCAUGGUGUAUUUGGAUGAUAUUCUGAUUUACAGCCGCUCUUUUGAGGAUCACAUGCACCACUUGGAAGUGGUUUUAACGAGAAUUAAGGAUGCGGGGUUGAAGCUUAACUCUCAAAAGUGCCAUUUUGCCAGAGAUAAUGUGGUUUUCUUAGGUCAUGUUGUUUCCAGGGAGGGGCUUUAGCCAGACCCACGAAACACUGACAAAGUGAAAAAUUGGCCAACUCCCCGCACACCGUCCGAGGUGAGAGCCUUUGUGGGUUUAUGCUCAUAUUACAGACGAUUCGUGAGGAACUUUUCGGAUCAUGCCGCCCCAUUGAAUCACUUGGCGGGUAAGAAUGUCCCCUUUGAGUGGACAGCUGAGUGUGAAGCAUCCUUCACCUACCUGAAGAAGGCACUUACCUCUGAACCGGUAGUGACCUUACCUGAUUUUUCUUUACCUUUCAAAAUACAUACAGACGCAUCUAACCAUUCUGUUGGGGCUUUGUUAGCUCAGGAGGUGGAAGGUUUGGAAUGUGUUGUGGCGUAUGCCAGUCAGGCUCUAACGCACACUCAAAAACGGUGGUCCACUUUUGACAGGGAGCUGUGGGCUAUAGUAUGGGCAGUUCGUGAGUUUAAACACUAUGUGGGACUUUCAGCUUUCAUGAUCGUCACAGAUCAUCGCCCCCUACUUGGGCUCAGAAAGAUGUCUCUUGAUAAUGAUCCCUCAGGACGUCUAGGUCGCUGGAUUUUAGAACUGGACCCAUUCAACUGGACAAUCAGUCACAAAGAAGGGGUGAAACAUAGGAACGCUGAUGCACUGUCCCGACACCCUGUUUUGGGUGAGGUGAAUGUUUCUGCCUGUGUUUCCACGGCUGAUCAGGAGCUCCUCCUACCUUCUCUGAGUGUCGAUGAUGCGGAGCUGCAUCAGUUACAGAGGGAAGAUGCUGACAUUAGUGUGGUGGUGACUUGGUUGGACCAGGGGCGGACGGGUCCACCCCCAGUGCGCAGGAGAGGGUCAUCCAUUAGACUAAGGAAGCUGUGGACUGAAUUUAGUCGCCUAUCCAUAGUGAAUGGGCUGUUGUGUCGCACGGUUCUGUCAUCCCCAGGCAGCGAGCAGCGUGUUCAGAUAGUGGUUCCCUCAGUGAUAGUCCCUGACCUGCUGGAGCGGUUACAUGGUGGACCUGCAGCUGCUCACUUUUCGGCUGAGAGAGUUUGGGAAAAGGUGAGGCAGAAUUAUUACUGGCCUUUCAUGCUGCGGGACAUAAGACAGUGGUGUGAGCAGUGCAGGGCAUGCCAAACACGCAGGUCGCCUUCCCCAAAGCCUAAGGCGCCCAUGGGGGGCUUGCCAGUUAACCGACCCUUGCAGCGUG